ACCCGCACCACGUGGCUAUAGCACCACGCCGCACCCACCGGCCCCUCGUAUCAACCGGUGGACGUCCCAUCCCCUCCCCCCCGCCACAGGAUGGAGAUCGUGAUCGAGAAUCCCAUGGAAUCGUCGCAGCCGCCGCCUCCUCCUCCUCUCCCCCCUCCCCCUCCGCUCCCCCCUCCCCCUCCCCCCUCGUGCGCGGCUACGACCACCGUGAUGACGAUAACCAUCGCCGAGAGUCCCACCGCGACCACCCCCUAUCCCCCUGUACCCGCCACUCCCCUACGCUUUUCCUAUCGAGAAACGUACGGCCCCCCCUUCGCCCCCACCGUGGCUCGUCCCGCGCGACGCGCCUCCCAUCCCCGAGGAAGAUCGCCGUACGACGGCGAUCAUCCGGACGGCGCCUCGCCGCCCACCGCUCGCCGCAUCGACAAGUCCGGAUUGUUGGUGGAGAGGGGCGGCCUCGGGCCGGCCAGAUUCGAGACGGGGGGGAUAUUGUCGCCUCGUCGAUUCGAGUGCGUCGGGCAAUUGGAUCCGGUGCCGGAAGCGGGGAACGACGGGAGUUCCGCACGAGGUAGCGUUCCGGGGACGGAGCAGGAGAGAGGAGAUCAUCGUGUCGAUCCUGCUUGCCGCGAGACCCCCUUGUCGGUGGUUGACGGCACGACGAGAUCGCCGAUCGCCGACGAGUCGAUUUCGUUCGAGCGUGGCAACGUCGUCGUGGUGGGUGCACAGCCGUUGAAGAGUUUCGAGCGCGAGUUUCGCCGUGUCGAGCCCUCCUCGAGCAACGACGUUCCCGGCCGCGCCGCGUUUCAUCAGUCGCGGAAAGAAAAUUGCGAGGCGAGGGCGCGAACCUUGGAACGAUUGUCGAGGCUCGUUCAGCAAGGGAGGAGCGAUCGUCGCCCGCCGCCGAGAUAUUCCGAGACCCGCUGCGAUUUCGACCCGUACGAGGCUCGAGGGGGGACGGCGUACUCGAAUUUCGAAGGAAGCGUUCCGUCGAACAGAGCGAUCGCGAGUACCGUGACCACGUCCACGACCACGGUCGCGGUGUCCGCGUUGGGGGGGACGAACGCGAGGGAGGAGGACGCGAAAGGAUCGAAGGAACGAGCGCCUGAAGAGGAGAGAGCGGAAGCGGAGGGGUGCGAGCACGGGUCAACGAGGAAUCCUUUGAAAAACGGGGAAUCCUCGAACAGGGCCGACGAAUUCGCGGACAACGACGGGAUCCAAACGCUUCGAGUGAUCAUUUUGUCGGAACAAUUGUGAAAGUUAAGGGGCAGCUGAUCGUUUCGGAAGAAGAGGAAAGGGAGGAAGGGGA